CACAUGCUCAUUUAACGGCCAUCGUCCCUCUGCCAUGGAAGUGCACGUUAAAGCUGACUUGUUUGACCUUGGAGUUCCUGUUAAUCCUGAGCAUCUGACCUUGGGAGAACGCUGUGGGGUCACUGAAAACUCCUCUGAAGAGUUCAUUCUCCAUGCUGCUCUCAUGGACUGUGGCACACGCUAUUUGCUAACAGCUGAUGCCCUCAUUUACACUAAUGUCCUCGUGUAUACUCCUGUUCCCUCUGUCCAUGGAGUGUCACGAUACGAGAAGACAUCUGUCCCUGUGGAAUGUGUUUACAGGAGGAGGGUUGGUGUUGAUGGUGUCUCUGUUGUCCCCAUGUGGCUCCCUCACUUGAGUUCACAUGCUGCUGAACACUCCCUGCGCUUCACUCUGCAGCUGAUGACUACUGAUUGGCUGGCAGUGCGAAGUGGCGUAUACUACCUGGGGGAUAUGAUAAACAUCGAGGCAUCGGUGUUUGUACCCUUGCUGGAGCUGCAAGUGUUUGUUCAAGAUUGUGUUGCUACGAUGACCCCUGAUGCAAAUUCAGUCCCCAGAUACAAGUUUAUACAAGACGGGUGUUUUACAGAUGGACAGCAGAUGGGCUCCAUGUCUCACUUCCUUGCUAGAACUCAGCCUGAUAAACUCCAUCUUCAGCUCCAGACCUUCAUCUUCAGGCAGGUGCACAGUGCACAGAUCUUUAUUAGCUGCAGUCUGAAGGCUGAUCUCCGAAGUUCCUCCUCCAGCAGAGCAUGCUCCUACAUCCGUGGGAGUUGGAGGUCUGCAGAUGGGGAGGAUGCUGUGUGUGAAAGCUGUCAGAUGCUUGAGCAGUUCAGACAGAAGCAGAAAGUUGGUGAGGGACAAAAUGAGGCACAGGCUGCUUCUGUGCAGAUGGAACUUGGGGAACCAGAGCUCAGAACAUCUGGAUCUAUGUCAUUGCUGCAGGAUGUCCAAGUUGGCCCACUUGCACUAUCAUCAUUGAGUGAUGCAUCACCCCCUGCAGUGCUGGAGGGAGUACACAUCUCUCGUGUUCCUUUACUUGAAGCCAAGCGGCUGAUGGCACGCAUGCUGCAGGGAAACCUCUCCAUGCUGGGUUCAGAAUACGACACUGCCAUCACUGAGAAAGAUGAGCAGGAGAGCCAUGUAUCUGCAGAGCAAGAGAUGGGUGUGUCCUUGAUGCCUGAACUUCAGCUCACUGUGACACCACUGACUAUACCUGAAAAAAGCAACGGAGUCUGACCCACAGUUGGCAGCAGCAUCUCCUGAUCCAGCAGUUUUUCUCUGAUCCUGCCACUUAUGAGGUUCUUGAUGGUGACUACUUGCAGAGCACAGAGCUGCCCUCCACAGUGGGAGGACCUGAUGUGGAGCAGGGGUGGGGAUGUAGGGGAUGCCUUCUUGAGACUGUGCACUGCUGUGAUGUAAUGGCCUGAUGGUUUGAGAAAUAAACCUUCCAAAUGGAA